CAAGGUGCACUACAUAGAGAUAUAGUUCGGUAGGUGCAAAAUGGACAAGCCAGACUUGGUCAUGGUGCUAGGUGGAAAGCAUAGGCUACAGCACAGAAGACACAGAUAAGAUAACCAGCUUUGUUCGCGAAUGGCAAGCAACAUGUUUAACAGUGAGCAAGCAAGACGUUCAACGGUGUCUCAAAUUAAAUGAGGACAAUGGAUAUACUGGCAUGGUGUUGAGAAGAGGAAGUUCAGCUGGAGAGAGGCCAUGGAUCCUAACCACAUUACAUUCAUUGUAGCCACUUAUGAUGUUUUUCCAACUCAACAAAACCUCAAUCAGUGGGGUGGUGAAGACAAAAGCUAUCAGCUGUUUUGUAUGGGUCAUGGCUCUUUAAAGCAUAUUUGGUUAUAAAAUAGCCUGACCCAGGAUCGCUACACCUGGAGACAUAGUCAGAUUUUAAAAUCACUGGUGUGUUUGCAUGAGAACAGAGUUAAAUCUUUGCUAGGAAUUUACAGGAACAGUAGAAUUUUGUUUCUGAGAGACGGAAAAGUGGCCAUUGGGCAAAUACAAGCAAUAUACAGGAAGUUGUGGCAAAGCACAGGAUUAGAAACUCCUGGUGGAUGUCAGAAAGCAACUGCAAGUGCCACAGUAUAUUGUUGUGACUGCUUUGAAACCAGACAUGGUGUUGUAUUUAGAGUGUGAGUGCAUUGUCUGCUAACUUGAAAGAAAAGGAAGAAGUCAACGUAUGCAGAACUAGCAGAAGUAAAGGAACAUGGCUGGCAAGCACACACAUGCCCACUAAGUCCAUGUCUGUGUGAUCAAAAUGUCUCUCUGGAACUUCAAAAGUCUCAAGUGGAGCCGCCUUGGAGUGGCGGUACACUUUAACUUGCUGGCAUUCCAUGCAGGCAUCUGCCCACUUACAAACAUCUUUCUUAAGGCUGUGCCAAACGGACUUUGCUCCCACCAUCUUCUGUGAUGCUUUCCUGCUAGGGUAGGAGAGGCUGUGAAUGGUGUCAAAUACUUGCCUGCACUAACCAUAUUGUACAAUAGGCAUGGGCUGGCUGUAGAGAGCACUGAAAUUUUAGUCUAAUAAAAGAAAAUAAUUUUGCACCAGAAGUUGAGUGUGUGAUGAGAGUGUUUCUUUUGAUUGAAAUCAUUAAUCAGUUGGUUUAUCUCAGAAAUGUUUACCCCUUUGUUUUCCCCGCUGCAUGACAAAUGUGUGUUGUAAUCUCUGAAAUGAAGGCAAGUUGACUCUGCUAUUGGGAUGACCAAGGGUCAGACGUCUUGGCCUGGCAAAAGAGGCUUGUGGUCAACAGACAUUGAUCAGAAGGGUCAGUGGUGGACAAGCGUGGAUUCACCAACACCACCUUAGUGUCAGUGAAAACCUGAACCCUCCCUAGUUUGGCAGCCUUUCCCUUGAGCACCAAAUAAAGUGGACGCAUUAAGUGUGGAGCUGAAGAAGUCAAUGGAGCACAACCCAACCUGGCAUUUGGCUGGGUUGAUGAGCACAAAGCCACUCAAAUAGGACCCUGAGGUGUUCUACAUGUUCAACCCUGGAUACUGCCACUAAGAUGUCGUUCAGGUAAACAAAAAGGAAAAGCAAGUCACAGAAGACACUGUCCGUGAGCCGUUGGCAAGUCUGUACUGCAUUAUUCAGGCAGAUGAACCCAAAUAACUCAAACAGGAUGAUAACAGCAAUCUUAAGGACAUAACUUUCCCAACGCUCUGGAUACAGCUACUAUUGUCAGCCUCCAGAACCGUUGAAUUUCCAAGUCUGUUGCGGGCAAAAUGCUUACCCAUGCCCCAGUGCCACAGAGGAAAUGGGAUUUGAAGGAUGCAUUGGUUACGAACCACAAACUGUCCACACAACCAACGGCCGUCACAGCUAGUGAGCCUCUUCAUUUCCAGACUCCUUGGAAUGACAGACUAGGCAACACCUGGUAGUGUUGGGGCUAUGACAAGCAUGGUAGUAGCCCUUCUUUCUUCUGCUGCACUGUAAUGAUGACCGCUCUCUCUGGGUCACCCAUUUAACGGGGAAAUAGAGACUGAGAGCAUAGGUUUAAUGGCCUGCACAAGAGAACUUUUUAAUCAUGAUCAAAACACUUGUGUCAGUUCAAGUGCACAGAACAACGGUGCAACCCAAAAAACAUCAUUAAUUAAAGAUACAACAACAUUGUCAACCGUAUGACACUGCAUUUAGAAUGCCACAUGCAUAGGCUACAUACACCAAGCUUUCCAGUUUUAUUCAUAUUCUGUAGAUGUUUGUUAAAAGAUUUGUUCACGUACAUUCAUAGCCUGAAAUAUAUAACACGUUCUUCUUAAAGAUGGCAAAAGUACCUUUUUAUGGCCAUUGACAGUAGGCCUAAUUCAGCCUUUAAGGGUAAAAUGAUAUCCUAUCCUCCAUAAUAUAUUAUAUACACAGGCCUAUAUAUUACUCUGUUAAAAUAUUUUACUCCAAUUUGUCAACAAAAUGAAACAAAAAUAUGGAACCUGACUUUUGUUCGAAUUUCUGUAUUUGAAAAGCAUGCACAUUAGCUAGAUAAUGCCUCUUGUUUAAAUUUAACAUUUCAGGAAAAAUUAUGGUUUAGUGGGCCUAAACCUAAAUCCUACAAAUGAAUAUUUACAAGAACAUUUGGCCUGGACAUGUAUUGCUAGCUUUGGAAUAGGCUUAGCCUGGGUGAAUCCAGACAAACCUGUUAGCAAAUUUGAAUUUGCUUUAUGAUGACAGAUAGAGCAGUGCAUUCAGCACAACCAGUGGAUUGUGAUGGUGACAGGGUUAAACAGUUAUGGACGUGUAUUUUCUUUGAAAUUGAGUAAACAACUGUAUUUAAAACCUUUGUGUAGCCUACAGGAAAGAUGUAGGCCUACUUGCUGCACCUCUGAAAAUAAUUGUAUAGUUUAAUGAACCAAUUUAUGUUUAAUUUCACUGCUGAUUAUGCCCCUGGAAGUAGUCAUAAGUCACUGGAGCCUUUCCAGACACACUCUCAAUCCUAAUUGAGACUUAAGAACCAGGCUAGGCCUACUCCCUUACAGACUGGAUUCUCCAGGAAUUCCACAAACCUACAUCAAUGAGUGUGAAAGGCUUGGGAAUUUGUAUGUAUAGUGAUGAUGAUGGUAGGUUAUUUACAAAGUCAUCUGCGGUAGUAGUUGCUUUUUUGGCAGAUGAUAGGGCGUGGGUGGUCGCGGCAGGACAUGUUCAAAAGUUAGGUUCUACCGAGAUUUGAACUCGGAUCGCUGGAUUCAGAGUCCAGAGUGCUAACCAUUACACCAUAGAACCUCUAUUUGGAACGUUGCACGUCUCGGAUCAAAUUGAAAAAGUAAUAGCAUUUCCUUACAGUUCUUUAGAUAUUGGUUCUAACAUAUUUAUUUUUUAAGAACUGCACUAUGUAGGCCUACGUUAAUUAAGACAAUAGCGUGUAUUGUGCACUUAAAACGUCCACAAUGUGUUGUUAACAUGAUCGUAUGCCCAAACUGGUACCGCUUGGCGGCGAUGUUGAGCCAUGUAGCCUAUGUUACGGUCUUGCGAUUUUUAACAUCGUCGAAGAAGAAAUUGGAACGUUUUCGAGUGGUGGAUAAGGUGAGUUGUAUUUGAUGUCUAUCCAGGCGGUUUCACUUGUCAUUAAAACAGGUAACAUAUAUCAAUGUAUCGCCAUAUUCAGUUGUUUGGAACAACUUAGGGUUUAAAUGUGUCUAGAACUGUCCAGUCUAUUUUUAUUGAACUCUGAUGCUCUGUGAAAAAGACCAUGCCAUGGAUUGUUGGGGAUGGUCCGUCCGAAGGCAGGAUAGUUCUCGUGUUAGGAUAGUUAAGCUAAAGUCUUUAAAAUGGUGAAGUCUUCAUACGCAAGUCUUUUUUAAUGUCCCUGCAUACACCAGUUUGAAAUAUGGUGCUCUCAAGGCCAUGUCUGUUAUGUGGCACCCUUCAAAGUCUGACUUGGAGACCACUCAUGCUGCUGAGCACAGAUGAAGGCUUGGCGUAAACCUACUUUUUUUAACCCACUGUAGUACGCAAGACUUGCAGUAGCCUUAAAGAAGACAGAGGCAAGCUGCAUUUGCCAUUCAUUAAGUAUCAUGUCUACAUUAAAUGGAGUAGCGGUAUUAAUCUCAUGUAGGCUAUUUCAUUCUCCAUACACAGCCAUUCAUGUCAUCAAAUGUCACAAGGAUAUUCUUAGCACACUCAUUAUGUUUCCUCUGACAUCCAGCAUUAGGCGAAGACCAUGCCGAACCGCUGUUGUGCAUAUGGCUGUGGAAAGUCCUACGAUCAGAAUGUGACACUCUUCCGCUUCCCCAAAGACCCUGAGGACUUUCAGAAAUGGGAGAAACAGGUUCAGAGGACCCGCAGUAACUGGGUCGCCAAACCCUUCUCCCACCUGUGCAACGAGCACUUUGGCAAGGACUGCUUCGAAACCAGACCCAACUUCAUUAACAAGACCCAAGGAAACAAAGGCCUGAAGCUGAAAGAGGGGGCCGUGCCGACCGUGUUCAUCCGCCCCCCGUGCAGAUCCUGUGGUGGCCAUGGCUCAGGCUGCCCAGUCUGCACCCCCAGAGGGAAGCGCCAGGGUCUGUGCAUUCAGCCAAGGGAUUGUGGCACGGUGUGUAACACCAACAGAGAGGAUGAUGGGCCUAAAUGGGCUCCGGCUUUUGGUAGUUCAGAGGAAGAGGAGGAAGAUGAUGAUGAUGAUGAUGUUGAUGAGGAGGAGGAGGAUGAAGGUGAAGAAGACAUGGAGGAUGAGGAGGGAAUGGAGCCAUUUGAUGAAAAAGACAAAGAUCUUCCAGCUGUCUGUGAGAUGUGUGGGACCACAGGCACCAAAGGUAACUUCUACUCCAAAACCAAGCGAUUUUGCAGUGUCUCCUGCUCACGGUCCUUUUCUUCCAACUCUAAAAAGUCCUCCAUUUUGGCUCGACUACAGGGAAAACCGCCCACAAAGAAAGCUACAGUGUUGAACAAGACUGGUUUUACAGGUAUCCUCCCCACCCAGCCUGUGGUACCUCCACAGGAUGCUCCAGCUGUUGGGAAAGAGGCAGCAACACCGAGUUUUGAUUGGGGUGGUUAUCUGGACAAACACGACAAUCCUGCAGCAUCAGUGUCCUCCUUUAGACAUGUUCCUCUUUCAGACAAGUGGGAUGACAUCAGAGAGGGUAUUAAAGUGGAGAUUGUCAACCACAAGGCUACUUUCCACGGCAAGGUCUAUUGGAUCGCCACCGUUAUCAAACUAGCAGGUUAUAAUGUCAAGCUUCGCUUUGAGGGCUUUGAAGAGGACAGCAGCCAUGACUUCUGGUGUAACCUGGGCAACGCAGACAUCCACCCAAUUGGCUGGUGCGCUGUAAACAGCAAGCUACUCGUGCCCCCACCCUCUCUGCAUCAGCAGCUGGCGGACUGGAAGACCUAUCUGAUGAAGAGGCUGGUUGGAGCCCUCACGCUGCCUGUGGACUUCCACAUCACGUUGGCGGAUGCGAUGCGAUGCCCCUUUCGCCAGGGUAUGCGUGUAGAGGUGGUGGACCGGGCACUGGUGAGCCGGACGAGGCUGGCGAUGGUGGACACGGUGGUUGGGGGUCGACUACGGCUGCUGUACGUGGUGGGCGGCCAGGUGGCCAAAGACCAGGAGUUCGCAGACUUCUGGUGCCACAUAUACAGCCCUCUGGUGCACCCAGUAGGCUGGUCUUACAAUGUGGGCCACCUCAUCAAGGAUGCAGGAUAUCCUGAGCACUCACCAGCACUCAGCAAGUUGUCUUCUGAAAGUUUCCCGAGUUUAUUCAAGAAGCCCAGGACCGUGUACAUGGAAGGUGGCUUUUUUGAGGAGGGGAUGAAGCUUGAGGCCAUUGACCCUCUGAAUCUGGGGAACAUCUGUGUAGCAACCGUGCGGAAGGUACUUCUGGAUGGCUACAUCAUGGUGGGCAUUGAUGGUGUUGAGAUCGGCGAUGGCUCUGAUUGGUUCUGCUACCAUGCCAGUUCGCAUGCCAUCUUGCCCACGGGAUACUGUGAUAAGAACAACAUCCCCCUCACCGUUCCUCCUGGUCAAGACUCUUCAACUUUCACUUGGGAUACAUAUCUGGCAGAAUCGUGUGCAGUAGCUGCUCCUAAAAGGCUUUUCAACACUGAUGAGGUGGGCCACGGUUACAUCCCUGGCAUGAAGCUGGAGGCUGUAGACCUGAUGGAGCCGCGGCUGGUGUGUGUAGCCACUGUCGAGCGCUGCGUGGGACGCCUGCUGCUCCUGCACUUCGACGGCUGGGAAUCCGAGUUUGACCAAUGGGUGGACUGUGAGUCUCCAGAUAUCUACCCAGUUGGCUGGUGCGAGCUCCAUGCUUACCAGCUUCAGCCACCUCUCAGUCAAGAACCUUCGCAGGGGCAGGAGCGCAAGAAGACUAACAGACCAUACUCAGGAAAAAAGAGUAAGUCUGCGCCAGGUAAUAGACAGCCUGACAGCAUCGAACGGAAAAGGACCAUGAAAAGGAAGAGUAGCUCCACCACACCACCCAAACAACCCCAGAAGCAGGAUGAUGCACCUUCCUCAGACAAGCAGGAUGAGUCAGUCGACCAGGCUAUGGAGGACCCAUCCUCAGACAAGCAAGAGGCAGUCGACCAAGUUAUGAACCUGAAGACUGAACCAGAGGAGGAGCCAACGGAGGAGAUAAUUGCUGUGAAGGUUAAAGUGGAGGAGGUGGAAGCGGAGAUGCCCAUCACCUCCUGCCCGUCGGACACCGAGGUGGACACCCCAGAACCAUCAGUGGCUGACGUCAAGAGGGAGGAAGACGUGACACAAGUGGAGGGAGCGGUGUGACCCCCCUCCUCUCUGUGACCAGAACUCUGUGUAGUAGACAUCCUCGGGUCUUUCAGGACUAUGGCACAGUCAUUAGUCGUGUUGCCUGCGGUUACGCACUUCAGGGCAGAUGCGCAGUGGUCUUUUCAUGAUGGCCACCACCGUACAGACUGCAUUCGGUGAGGAAAACCAAAAUGAUUCACAGCAUCCCUACGAAGUGGUUGCUCAGAUGUCCCCAUUCCAACUCCAGAUUGACUCAGUUCAGUCCUGCCUAUUGUGUAUGUGGGCUGUGUAAGCCGCUCAGUGAGAUGUUACCUCCCCAUUCAUGGUUGUCUUGUAUCACAGCUGUGGGAUGCCACUUGUAAUAGAGCAAGGAGUGCUCUAUCACAGGAGGGAUUAUUACUUUUGUUGAAACUUGUCGAACAGUUAUAUCUGUUUAAGGUUGCUUAGAAGAUAAAUAACAUUAAAGUGAACUUUGUGUAACUUU